AUGUCCGCAUCGACUCAAACUCCCCGAAAAGAGCCCGCACGGUAUGGACCCGCCAUCCAACCUCCAUAUGGAGCCAAACUCCGAGACCGAGCAGCAGCAGGCUUCAUCUUCUCCCUAGACGUCCUUCGAAAAUGGGCACACAAAGUCGACGAAACACAUUACAAACCUGACGAAGACCCAAAUGGAAACGAAGCUUUUGGCGACAUUAUGGAUCAUCUCGAACGACAUAGCGUCUACCUGAACGCGGUCUUCCAUUUGACUGAAAUCGCGCGUCGGGAGUUUAUGCUCGUUACGCAGAUUAAGUUGAUUAAGGGGGUGCAGGGUUGGGAGGGGAUGCCGAAGGAGAUGUUGCCGGUGUUUGAGGAGGAGAGGGAGGAGGAGGAGGUUAGAAGGAAGAUGAUGGAGGAUGGUCACCUACACGAGUGCGACCCCAACUACCUCUCGCCUCGCUCAACCAUCAUGUCCAUCUCGACCCACACACCCCGCAGAGAGCCCACGCGUCUCCAGACGAUCCAAUAUCCAGAGGGCGCUGAGCUCAUGGACAGAGCAGCGGCAGGCUUCGUCCUCUCCCGCGACGCCAUCCGCAAAUGGGCUAGCAACAUCGACAAAAAGUACUACGACCCCCAAACGGAUCGGGAUGGAGGCCGGGCAUAUUGCAAGAUCCUCAGGCAACUCGAAACGCAACGUGUCUAUCGGGAGGCGGUCAUCCAUUGGACGCAGAUCGAGCCUGGACAAUAUAUGCUUGUUAUGCAGAUUAAGGAGAUCGAGGGUGUGCAGGGGUGGGAAGGCAUGUCGAAAGAGUUGUUGCCUACGUUUGAGGAGGAGAGGGAGGAGGAGGAUGUUAGAGCUAGGUUGAAGGAGGAUGGCCUCGACGAAGCCGAUUUCUACUUUGAUCGGCGCACCAUUAACAAUUCUGAACGUUGGGUUAUUGGCCAACCGUUUCUGGAGAUAUUUCCGGAGCUGUGCGUAUACUAG